GUUCACAACAAGGCAAAUGAAAGUCAAUGAGAUUUUGACACAACAUGGUAAUCAGUGAGAGGUAGUUUCAGCAUGCAGCCAAAGUGCAACAGCUCUUGGUAGCCACGAAAUCGAAACUCAAAACAGACAUAUAGCUGAUAUAUCUUAACUAGCUAGCUUCCGUGUGAAAGAAAUUCCGGGGCACUUGACAUACGUUGUCUUUACCACUGAAAUAGACAGAUAGUUAAUGGCAAUAGUGGAGUAGGACCAGUAGGAAUAGGUAAAUUACAUAGGUAAAAGUAAUUUAGCAAGCCAGUUACAGGAAUUUGAAGAAGCCCCGACAAAUGAAAAGAGGUGGAAACAAAUAAGGUCAAUGGCCAGUAUUUCAGCCCAGCUGGAGGAGGUGAGGGGCAGGGCAGAAGCCUGCCUGUCAUCCACAGGCUCCGCCCAGGAAGCAAAGUCUCAUGUUCAGGCAAUGGCGGACAUCCCCCUCCCCAUCUCUGCCAAAUAUCAACACAUUCCCGUGGAAACCAUGGUGAGAGAAAACAGCACUGGGGGCAACAGGGAGGAGAGUGUGAACACCUUGCAGAAGCUGCUUACAGCACUUAACAUCCUGGAGAAAUAUGGCUGUAACCUGACCAACCCCAACAGGCCAAAGUACUGGCGCAGUGUCAAGCACAAUAACCCUGUGUUCAGGACCACUGUGGAUGCCAUCAAGGGGGGGCGGGAUGUAUUGUGUUUGUAUGGCUAUACCAAUCAGCAGCCAGAUGGCCUCAGCUUCCCCGAUGAUGUCACAGAUCCAGAUGUUGCAAAGGUUUCCAAAGUGGCUGUGGAGGUCAUGAGCCUGAGGAUUGAAUUAGACAUGUUUAUAAAGGAUACUCAUCCACACCCAGAAUUCUUUGAGAGAAUCAUUCACUCUCACAGCCAGAAGGGGGCACCAUUUGACCAGGGAGACUUCAAGCUCCCCUCCAAGUCAGAGGCUCUUAAUCCCAGCGCGGGACAGCAGGAGGAGGUGGAGACCCAGAUUGUUGUCUCUCCAUCCCUCCCAGACAAACCUGCUCAGAGUCCAGGGCCGAUACACCCUUCCCUCAGCCCCACCAGUCUCAUGGGAGUGACCUGCAGUGUGUGUGGUGGUGAUCCCUCUCUCCUCUGUCCUCCCUGUGGUUCGACCCUUUUCUGCGAGACGUGUGAUUUCAUCUACCACCGCCAUCCCGACAGAACCAGUCACAGACGAGAGCACAUACAGGCCCCGAAACCGGACUGCACCAUCUGUGGCAGUAACCCAGCGUCGGCCCACUGCCCCACAUGCGUCCAGCAGCUGUGUCUGCAUUGUGACAGACUGUAUCACUCUCAUCCGGACCGGAAGGACCACCACAGGGUCUUCACGACACCCGCUGUACCUCAGCCGCCCAUCAGCCGCUCCCUCUCCACAUGGCAGUGUGCCACCUGCACGACCAUAAAUGAGGUGAAGGCAGUGCUGUGCUCCAGCUGUGAACGCCCGCGCCUGAUCUCUGCUGCCCCUGCUGUCCAGGAGGAACCAGCGCAGCCUGCUACCAUCACAGAGUGGCAGUGUAAGAGCUGCACGGUGAUGAACGCGGGCAGCAGUGUCCUGUGUGAGGUGUGUGAACGUCCCCGCCUGGCCACACGCCCCCCAGCAGCGCCCGUGUGUUCUGCCCCGUCCACACCCAAGGCAGACAGGGGUGCUGACGUGCAGUGGACCUGCCAGUUCUGCACCUACGUCAAUGCCUCUCCCUCUGCGACGUGUGAGAUGUGCGAGCUGGCACGUUCCGACCUCGUGCCCUCUCCGGCUAGGCUCCCCCCGCCGUUGUCUGCGACGGAUUUUGUUCCGCCGCUCGUCAGGCCCGAGGUUCCGCCCAGGACGGACCCCGAUUUCAAUAAGCAGAAACUGAUGAAGGACGAUGGGCUGAAGCUGAUCCAGCUGAUCAGAGAGGGUGAGAAGAAUGGGGUGAGCCCGGAGGAGGUGUAUGCAGCUCUGUGUGUUUCCAGGGGCAGCAACGUCAGCCCCUGCCAUUGGCUGAAGUCUGAGCUGCCCCUCCUCCUGGAUGAAAUCUGUGCCAUGGCGGCCUCUGUUCAAGCGGACUACAAAACGGAGAAUUCUGGGUCGCUGGACAACCCGGAGGAACCACAGAACUCGGCCGCCCAGGUGCAGCUGUCGAGGGCAGAGGCCAAACAGGCCUGGCUGGCAGCAGGGGGUGACAUUGAGAAAGCUGUGCAGCAGCUGCUGAGGAACAGACGUGCUAAGGUGCGAGAGCUGUGCUCCCUGGGUUUCAGCGAGGUGGCCAAGUGCGAAGAAGCACUGAGGCUGAGCGGCGGGGAGGUACAGGGGGCCCUGUCCCUCCUCCAGCGCCCCCUGCUGGAACCCUUCCACCAGCGCGUGUGGAGCGAUCAGCAAGAGCCCCGCAUCGACAUCAAAAACCCAGACAAACAGCGGAUGUGCCGCAGACUGCUGGCACUGUACGACCUGCCCAGCUGGGGGCGCUGUGAGCUGGCCCUGUCGCUUCUUCAGGAGCCUGAUGCCCACUACACCCUGGAGGACGUGGUGCAGGCGGUCAAAGAGUCCCAAGACCGGGACUUUAUCAAGAGGAUGCUGGCCAAGGAGUGCCCCUGCUGCCUGGAUGUCUUUCCCCACAGCAAGAUGCAGUCACUGACCUCCUGUCAGUGCUAUGUGUGCUGCGAUUGCUUCCAGCAGCACUUCACCGUCGCUGUGAGAGAUAAACACAUCAGAGAUAUGGUGUGUGCUGUCUGCGGCGGGCCCGACAUCAAUGACUCCGAGCACCUGGACAGCCACUUCUCCACCCUCGAUAUACAGCUGCGGGACUGCCUGGAACCAGAGGUGUACGAGCUCUUCCACAAGAAGCUGACAGAAUACGCCCUCAUUAAGGACCCCAAGUUCCUUUGGUGUACCCACUGCUCCUAUGGGUUUAUCUACGAUGCAGACCAGCUGAAGGUCACCUGCCCUCAGUGCAGAAAGAGCUUCUGUGCCCAAUGCAAGAAGCCUUGGGAAUCUCAGCACCAGGGCCUCUCGUGCGAGCAGUUCCAGAUGUGGAAGAGAGAGAACGACCCGGAGUACCAGAGGCAGGGCCUUGCUGGGUACCUUCGUGACAAUGGCAUCACCUGUCCUAACUGCAGGUUUCAGUAUGCUCUGACUAAAGGCGGCUGCAUGCACUUCACCUGCUCCCAGUGCAGAUACCAGUUCUGCAGCGGCUGCAACAACCCCUUCCACACUACGGCCUGUGCGGUUGCCCAGUGCACUGUGACCGGCUUGCAUGCCCAUCACCCCCGAGACUGCCUGUUCUACAUGAGGGACUGGGAGCCGGCCAGGCUGCAGGACCUGCUGCAGAGGAACGCUGUGGAGUUCAACACUGACCCGCCCAGUGGCACUGGUGUGGAGGCUGGGCGCUGUGGAGUGAUGGAACAGAAGGAUGGUGGCCAGAUAGACUCACCAUGUGGAGUUGAAACUCAGCCAGGGCAGGCAGGACUCUGCGAGAAGCAUUACAGAGAGUACUUGGUCAGCCUCAUCAAUGACCACUCCCUCGACCCUGCUCCCCUCUUCGACGAGAACGAACUGUUAGUGGCUUGUCGGAGAUACCAAGUGGACAUGAGGCGGGGGGAGGCAGAAGAUGAUGGGGCAUACCACGGCCGACUGUUGAAGAAACUGAUGGACGAGGUUCCCCUGGGAGACAAGGUCCCUCGAAAGAAAUGAAGAAGAAGGAAAAAAAGAACGAUUUUAACCCUUUAAAUGAAUGUCACUGAUCGACUUGUCAAUCUGGGUCUGUGAUGACCUGCACUCAACCCUGCUGUUACUCCUUUUGGAGCUGAAGUUUAAUUUGAGUUUCCCCCCGAACUGACUGAAGCAUUAGAAUAUGAAGCAUUCUGGAACACUGAAACAAAUGGACACCCUUGCAGCGCUGGUAACCAGAACCAAACCCUUUUUCCUGUGGAUGAUCAGUGGCCUCUAUUCAUCUCAUCUCACAGGAUCACAGAGGCUUUCUUAUCAGACACACUGCGUACAAAAACCAUUUUCACCCUCUAAAAUUUACUAAAAACAGUUGAAUUCCUGCCAUGUGGAAGAUAUCACUCGUGCUGUGUGAUUUUUAACUUGAAUCCUUUGUCCUGUCAAAGGCUUUCUUUGUAUGCAGUUUGUUACUGACAAUGGUAGUCAGUCCAAGGCCAGAGCAUGGAACAUUGAGUCUUUUGAAUUGUAAGAUCUAGAUUCUUGUUGAUCAGUUAUCAGUUAUUAUCAAGUUAUCAGGUCUUUUACACUGGCGUUAUGUUUUUCUGUAUCAUUCUGUAUGUCCAUGUAACGAGAGCUACAGAAAUACGCCCUUUUAACUGACCUCCAUCAAAGUUUCACCUUUUGGGAUUGCUUGGGGUCUGACUUUCCCAACUGAAUUUUUUGCAGUCUUUUAAAGCUCGAGGUGACAGGAAAUGGUACCAGGGACUGGAUAACUUUUCACAAUUAUUCUGAUCCUCACGGUGCCUCGUCCCAAAACAAGACAAUGCCUCUCAGCCCUCCCACUCCUUGACUCCUAAUCCACCUUUACCUGUGUCUGUGUACCUCCUCUGAGGUCAGGGCAACACACAGCCCACCUCAAUAUCACAGCCUUCAGCUGUCUGACUGUUGACAUUACCCCCUGCAGAAUCAUUCAUUACGUGUUAAAUACAUAUCAAAGCCGUUUGGUUAAUGGACUGUUUUUACAAUCCCCUACCCUCACCCUGCUUGAUGGGAUCAGUCAGCUCUGAUUCUACAUCAGAAGAGUGAUUCCCUUUGGAGAUCUAACACCAUUCUUUUGUUGUUAUUUUUUUACAGCACUGUAAGAUAUUUUUUCCAGAGGGUUUCCUGAAA